AUGAAGAACUCCAUAAAAGAAGAAUUUGUGUCUAAGGUCUGCUACGACCUGAGCCGCUGCUGGCAAUCAGUGGAGACUCCCCACUACUCGAAUGUUGUCUACCGCCUGAUGACAUACAAUCUGUUGGCCCCGGAUAUGGUAGUGAAGCACAAGUCGCACUAUGGGGGCAUCGAAGAGCAGCAUCUGAAUUGGGGAAAUCGUCUGAACAAGCUCACUCAAGAGGUGCAAGUCCUCAAUCCUGACAUCCUCUGUCUGCAGGAGAUGCAGUGCAGUCAUCUGCCGCAGAUCAUGCGACGCUUCAAGGCGACCACCAUGCGGAGCUACAAUUACAUAUUCCAGCAAAAGUUGGAGAGCGAAUCCGAUGGUAUAGCCAUCAUCUACGAUAUGAAAAAGCUCGAGCUGAUCGGCCAUCGGGCCUUGGGGCGCCAAAUCCAGGAGCCCAACAAGCGUGCGGACUUCGAUCGCUUUGGCCUAAUGGGAAAGUUCAACCUGACCGGUACUCCCAAGCAGCUGAUCGUGUGCAGUGCCCACCUACUGCAGGGCACUCCCCUGGGUACGGAUGGGCGCCCAGACAUUGUGCAACGUCUGCGCAGCGAACUACUCCAAUAUAGCCACGACUACGAGAACAACAGCUGCAUUCCAAUCAUCCUCGGAGGAGACUUCAACUUUUCGAGCGGCACCAAACCCUUCCGCACCCUGACGACGCCCGCCGUCUAUUCAGCCUGUUCCAAGCAGUUGGUGCCCGUCUACAGCACUGCCACCAAGCAGGUUGUUGGGGCCCAGUGUCCGACUAAUUACAACCCGGCGGAUUUCUACGUUCAGGUCCUGGCCGUUGUACCAGGCCGCGAGGCUGAUUCCAGAGCGAGGAUUGCCAAGAUAUGCGAUAGCUUUGCCGUCAGCAAAGUGGCCCGGGAAAUGGAGCAGCUGCUGGCCACCAAGAAUCUCGAGCAGCCCCUGGAGCAGCCCGAAAAUGGUUAUACGUACAAGGCCACCUGGUUUAUGCAGUUCCGGGCAGUGCUCUGGCGUUCCUGGCUAUCCGUGCUGAAGGAACCGUUGCUGGUCAAAGUACGACUCAUUCAGACAACGAUGAAGAUGAAGAUGAGGGGUAUCGAACCGCUACUGGUACUUCGCCACUAUGUUUUCGCCACUAUCAAUGUUUUCACAUCGGAGCUGCCGGUAUUUAUGAGAGAAGCCCGAAGUCGUCUGUACAGAUGUGACACGUACUUCUUGGGCAAGACCAUAGCAGAGCUGCCGUUGUUCCUCACCGUUCCCUUGGUAUUCACUGCAAUUGCCUAUCCAAUGAUUGGACUCAGGCCGGGCGUGAUGCACUUCUUGAACUGCCUGGCACUGGUCACAUUGGUGGCCAAUGUGUCGACAUCGUUCGGAUAUCUGAUAUCCUGUGCCAGCUCCUCCACCUCGAUGGCCCUGUCGGUGGGCCCACCCGUCAUUAUCCCGUUCCUGCUGUUCGGUGGGUUCUUUUUGAAUUCCGGGUCGGUGCCCGUCUAUCUGAAGUGGCUGUCGUAUCUGUCCUGGUUCCGGUACGCCAACGAGGGGCUGCUCAUCAACCAGUGGGCGGAUGUGGAGGCAGAUGAAAUCAGUUGCACCUCCUCGAACACGACGUGCCCCAGCUCCGGCAAGGUCAUCCUAGAGACCCUAAACUUCUCGGCUGAGGAUUUGGCCCUGGAUUACGUGGGACUGGGCAUCUUAAUUCUUAGCUUUAGGGUAUUGGCUUAUCUGGCACUGAGACUCAGGGCCAGACGCAAGGAGUAGAGUCUGCCGAAGAUCAAUCAUAGUUAAUGCGGUUUUCUGUAUGA